AUGAGGAUGAUGAGUGGAGUUUGGUUUGCUAAUUUUGUGGUGUUUUAUCUGGUAGCGGUGGGCGGAUCAUCCCCGGCGAGGAAGAAGGUGAUUAUCGAGGGGUAUGUUAGCUGCGUUUACUGUGUGAUGGAAGGUGGCCCCGGCUCUGUCAUCAAAACCGAUCUUCUUCCCGGUGCGGUGGUGAAACUGCAAUGCAAUAACAGAAAGAAGGGCAGUUGGGAGGAGCAGACGGAGACGGGCGGCGAUGGCGAAUUCAGUUUCAAGCCAGUGAAGGUGACGAGUUGGGGGGCCCACAAGUGCAACAUCUUCUUAGUCUCCUCUCCAAGAGCUGUCUGUCCCGUUAUCAUCUACGGCGAGGGCGUUCUCUUCAAACCCGCCGCCAUCAACGCCACCUCCCCUUUUCAGCUCUACACUGUUCGACCACUCGCUUUCUAUCCCCCUCCUUACACCUGCGUUUGA